AUGUCUGCCAGUGUAUUCCGAAACCUCAAUCAAGAUGCUGCUGUCAAUCAUCGUGGUAACCCUACAUGUCGAAAGUUGAAACUCGAGGCAUGCAACGUCCCUCGGCCUUCCGCCGUUGAUCGACAGGAUACGCUAAAGUGCCCCUGGAAUUGCGAGGAGUUCGUGAUCCUUAUCUCUGUGUCGAUCUCCGUCACGCUUCCCCCGAUCGCUUUUGUACCUCCUGAACUCCAUACGCUUCGCUCCGUCCGCCGGUAG